UAGUCGUCUAAUAUCCUAAUUAAUACAAUGCGGAUUUCCCCUUCACAAAUAAAAUCACCCCACUCAUUUUAGUUUUUGUUUACUACAUUAGAGCAGCAAUGGCCUCCACCGCAUGCUUCUUGCACCACCAUGCACUCACCUCCGCACCCAGAUCAUCAUCAACUCCACCCUCCACAUCCCAGCGCCAAGUUGCAAUCGUCAAGUCAAAUCAACUGCUGGCUUGCAUUUCACAGAAACAGGCAGUCCAAGAAAAUGAUAAUUCCCGAAGCAGCGCCGUGAUCUCCCGUCGGUUGGCUCUCACUCUGCUCAUCGGUCCUGCAGCGGUUGGCUCUAAGGUUUCUCCUGCUGAUGCUGCCUAUGGUGAAGCUGCAAAUGUAUUUGGAAAGCCAAAAACAAACACAGAGUUCAUCCCAUACAAUGGGGAAGGGUUCAAGCUGUCAAUACCAUCAAAAUGGAACCCAAGCAAAGAGGUUGAGUACCCAGGUCAAGUCCUGAGAUACGAGGACAACUUCGACUCCACCACCAAUGUUGCUGUCAUGGUCACUCCUACAGAUAAGAAGUCCAUUACUGACUUCGGUUCCCCUGAAAAUUUCCUCUCUAAGGUGGACUAUCUGCUUGGAAAACAAGCAUACUCUGGCUUAACUGAUGCUGAGGGUGGGUUUGACUCAAAUGCAGUGGCAACUGCAAACAUAUUGGAGACUUCAACUCCUGUGAUCGGAGGGAAACAGUACUACUUCUUGUCGGUGUUGACGAGAACUGCUGAUGGAGAUGAAGGUGGCAAGCACCAACUAAUUACAGCCACCGUAAACAAUGGUAAACUUUACAUUUGCAAAGCACAAGCUGGGGAUAAGCGGUGGUUUAAAGGAGCUAGAAAGUUUGUGGAGAGUGCUGCAAAUUCCUUCAGUGUUGCUUAGUUAUAAGCGGUGGUUUAAAGGAGCUAGAAAGUUUGUGGAGAGUGCUGCAAAUUCCUUCAGUGUUGCUUAGUUAAAAGUCUUACUUGUUAACUAGAGAAUAAUUUCAUGUAAAUCUUGUUAGAAAUUAUCUGAUGUUGGACCUAAGCUUGUAUAUUAUCCUACUCCCCCUUCCUCCAAAGCUUCUGGUUUCUGUUUCUGUUUCUGUUUCUGUCUAGUCGUCAGGAAACUUUUGGAUAUCUGUAUAUAUGUUUCUUAAUUGGCACAUUAUCAAGGCGGAACCCUAAUGAAUAUUCCUCUUUCUAUGGUC